AUGGGUGCCGCAUGCUGUGCAGGAGCCGCAGUUGCCGGUUCCGCCGCCUCUGCCGGGCCUUCCACUUUACUUGAUGGCACCGUCUACUCCUUCCUCUCGGCCAUCCCGAUCGCUCUCUACCACUAUUAUCCUCAGAUUACGCUUGUCCUGAUGACACUUGUCGCACUGGGAGCAUCGACGUUUUACCUCUUGAUCGUCCUUCUCACACCGGUGACUAAGAGCAGCUCGCGCUCUGAGCUGACGUAUCUAUCCACAACAAGCACAGAGCCGAAGCCACUAGCAAGUCUGUUAGAUGAUUUAAGAGAGAAUGAAAAGGAGAAUGGAGCGGUGCAGCUGAGUGUAGUGGUGCCGGCGUACAACGAAAAGGAGAGAUUGCCGGUGAUGUUGGAAGAGACGGUGGAGUUUUUGGAUGAAUUGAAGAAGAGUAAGAGGAGUUUGGUGGAGGGUUUGCCGCACGAACACGGAAAGGGCACUUUUGCUCAUGGCAGCGAUUUGCAAGCCAACGGAAAUGCAUCAACCACCCGAGUGCAUGCUGCACUGCACGAUGCGCUCUCGAGCUACGAGAUUAUCAUCGUCGACGAUGGUAGCAAGGACGACACGCACCAAGUUGCGCUGGAUUUUGCGCGUUCCCACCCUUCCACCAGUGCUGCUUCGACCAUUCGAGUAGUCCGCCUCGUUUCGAACCGAGGUAAAGGUGGAGCCGUUCGACACGGCGUACUCCACUCACGAGGUCAUCUGAUCCUGUUCGCCGAUGCUGACGGAGCCACCUCGUUCCGUGACAUAUCCAAACUAUGCCACACCUUAUCCUGCGUCCUCACGCCCAAGGGACACGGUGUAGCUGUAGGCAGCCGAGCGCACAUGGUGACAUCCGACGCCGUGGUGAAACGCAGUUUUGUGCGAAACUUUCUCAUGCACAGUUUCCACUUGUUCCUCAUACUUUUACUUCGUCCUCCGACGCUUGGAGGCUUGAUGAAGAAGCUCACCGCUCGAAGCGAAACUCAAAACAAGAGGCAAGCAAAGGGAUGUAGAGUGGUGUCACUCCCUGUGCAGCCCGAGAUCAAAGACACCCAGUGUGGAUUCAAGCUCUUCACGCGACCCACGGCACAGCUUGUAUUCCCAGCAAGUCACAUCGACGGCUGGAUUUUUGACGUCGAAUUGCUCAUCCUCGCGCAGACGAGCUCACAGCUUGCCUUACAAGCCUCAAAUCCUGACCUCACCCUGCUUGCCGCCGAAGAAGUGCAAGACAACACAAACGCGUUGAAGGGCCUACCGAUUCCGAUUGCAGAGGUGAGCGUCGAUUGGCAGGAAGUUACGGGUAGCAAGAUCGAUUUGCUCAAAGAUUCAAUUCGCAUGGCCUUGGAUCUGAUCGUUAUCCGUGCCAAUUACACUCUCGGUAGAUGGAAGACUCCGCCUGCGGCACUGUGA